AUGGCGUUCGAACGAUCAAAUUCAAGAGAUGAGCCUCAAUAUUACAUUCGAGCAUUUCAUGGUCGUUACAUUGCCGCUCAUCCUGAUAGGCAUCUUGUGACCGAUGAUGAAGAUAUUAACCAUCAUGAUGUACAAUGGAUGAUUAUCAAUCAACCACAUCAUAAGGUUGCUCUUAGAAUCGUUAAACAUGGAACAUUUCUGUCAGCUGAACAUGGCGGAGCUGUCAGAUGUUCGGAUCGAGAAAUUCAGCGUGAUUGUCUAUGGGAAAUGAAACAAUUGGAAAAUGGGAAGUAUGCAUUUCACUCCAAUCAUCACCGAUGGCUCACAGCUACUGGAAUGACAGACGCCACGCCCCCUGAGCAAGAGGCACAUUUACUAACAACCAAGGAACAGCAUCAUGAGCAAGCACAAUUUGACGUCAUUGAAGUCGACAACUAG